ACAGAUGAAUUAUGCACAAAACCCAAUUUACCGCAACCAGAUACAAUCCCGAAUAUUCAAAAAAUUCGCCAAUUUUGCAAAACUUCCUCUAAUUCAAAACUUGCUGGGUACAAGAAAUACAACACUUCUUUACUCGGUAACAAGAAAGAUUCUGAAGAGAGCUUAGAUUUGAUAGAAGGUUCCAAUAAGAAAAAUAAGAAAAAGCAAAGAAGGCAGAGAACCCAUUUUACUAGCCAUCAACUGGCUGAAUUGGAGUCCACUUUCAAUAAAAAUAGAUAUCCGGAUAUGUCCUCUAGGGAAGAUAUAGCUAAUUGGAUUCAUUUAUCGGAACCUAGAGUUCGAGUAUGGUUUAAAAAUCGCAGAGCCAAAUGGAGGAAGAAAGAAAGAUUUUAUUUCUGCUCCAAAAUGUCUGAGAAUGGUAAUUACGAAGACCUGAGUGCUUUCGGUAUAGCUCACCUACCUCUCUUGACAAAAUCUCUACCACCAUUGUUUACUAAUCGCGAUGCUACCACCAAUAAUAGUUUAAUUGUGAACGAUAAUCUCGCCUAUGACGAAGAAGUUAAAUACACAACGAGUCACCAACACAACCACCAAAUUUCCUUAUUAAACAACGAAAUUAACAAUACAGCUACUACAGAGGAACAAAGAUCUAACAAUAAAAGAGAUUCACCUAUAUCAACUUCCUCUUGCAAGCUCAACAACAUUAAAAAUGAAAUUCUCAAAAUUUGCGAUAAUUUUACAGAAAACAAAGAUAACAUUACCAAAUCAAAAUCGGCUUCGAAGGAAAAUAGGGGUAAGAGAAAAGAUUCAUCCAUUAAACAUAUGAAAGGCGGAUUUACCAAGAUUAGCAAAAGGGUUUCAACGAAAUGCCUUCCAUUAAAUAAUAUCCCCUUGAUAUCUAAAAUGUCAACAGACUUAUACGAAUGCGGAAGGAUGGACAAAAGUCAGAAUGAUGCGAUGAUAGAAAACGACGCGAAUCACCCUACUUAUGAUUGCGAAGAAAAUAAUUCGCUUUACAUAAAAAUGCUAAAUCAAAAUUGGAACAGUCAUGUCCCAUCUAGGGCUCCCUUCUACCCAAAUAAUUUUCUCAACUCCUCUGCCAGUUAUUCUCCCGUCAUCAAAGCACAGGCCUUAAAUAAUUCGUAUAGUAACAAUAUUAAUAAUAUUACGAAUAAUAAUAAUAACAACAAUAUCAUUCAUAACAAAGGCUCAGCCCAUCAUUUAGGGAAAUUACUGAAGAAAAUGAAAUGUUACAAUCCUCCUCCUUUUUCAAGUCAUCACCAUAUUCACCUCAUUCCUAAUGAUGUUAUGAAUCUGCAAGAAGAACUGUAUCCCAUGAUGCUAAAUCAACAACAGCCCGGAUAUAGGGAUUAUAACAAUCUUAUACCCAAUCAUUCUUCCUCAUUAUAUGCGGAUAAUUCUUCUAAUCCAGCUGCUAUAGGGACCUAUAAUUACAAUUCUUAUUAUCCCAUCUGUCAACAGCCUUAUACGGUAAUUUCCAAUCCGAGUCGUCAUUUCCCGUUGUACCCAAAUUAUUUGAAUUCUUGCCUCGCUUCGCAAGAAAAUUUCCAGUCAGACCUAGAUGCACACUUAUAA